UUUAUUUGGAGAUGUACUACUAGUAUAGUAUAUCUCGAUAAAAUAGUAUUUAAAUUAUGACCGAGGAAAACAAAGAUGUUGAUUCAUUGGAUAAAGAUAAUAAGAGCAAUGGAAAUAAUGAACCGGUGAGCAAUAAUAACACUGCUUCAAAUAUCACAAAACCUGAAAAACCUCCUGCGUCCAAGAAGACGAAACUAAAAAAAAUAGAACAAAUCAUACCAAGAGGCAAACCAAAAUCUGGUCGUCCAUGGAAAGAGCCUAGAACAAAGUUUUCCACAAUUAAAAAAUCAAUAUAUCGUCGUCCGUUUCAUAAAAAAGUUGAACUCCGAAAUGAAAUUCAACACAUUAAACAAAUAUCCAAAUCAAUUAAAGAUGCUAAGAAAGAAGAAAAAGAAAUUAGAAAACAAAGAAGAUUAGAAAAUGCUGAAAGACGUUUAGCGAAUCAAAGAAAAUCUGAGGUAGUUCAAAUAAUCAAAAAUCCCAACAAAAUAAAGCGUAUGAAAAAGAAGCAUUUAAGGAUGAUUGAAAAACGAGAUUUAGAUAAUGUUAAAGUUGUUUAACAAUUAAAUUUGAACUUGUUCAUUUUUUGAUUUUGAAUAAAUAAAAUUAAUGAAAUUUUAAAAAAAACACA